AGGUUAAGCCCGCGAACAUGACUCGUUGACAGCAGGCCUGAGCUCCACACCUGCUCCCCGGACGGACCGACUGUCGGACCGCCGUGAUGGAUUUCGUUUUAGGCGGAGUGGCGGCUUGCGGCGCGUGUCUCUUCACCAACCCGCUGGAGGUCGUUAAAACGCGCAUGCAGCUGCAGGGAGAGCUCCGGAGCCGCGGCACGUAUCAAGUUUACUACCGCAACGUUUUCCACGCGUUCUACACCAUCGGCAAAGUGGACGGAGUGGCGGGUUUACAGAAAGGCCUGGCCCCGGCUCUGUUCUACCAGCUCUGCAUGAACGGAGUCAGGCUCGGUUCGUACGCCAUCAUCGAGUCCGCCGGCUACAUCCACACCAACGGGAGGGUCAGCGCUGUCAAGACCACGUUAGCGGGGGCUGCCGCCGGGGUGGUGGGGGCCGUCAUGGGCAGCCCCGUCUACCUGGUGAAGACUCAUCUCCAGAGUCAGUCCACUUCCUCCAUCGCUGUUGGCCACCAGUACAAACACGAGGGGAUGGUCCACGCUCUGAGAGUCAUUUACAGGCAGCAUGGCGUCCUGGGCCUGUGGAGGGGCUCCAGUGCUGCCGUGCCAAGAGUCAGCGUGGGGUCGGCGACCCAGCUCUCCACUUUCUCCUCCUCCAAGGAGCUGGUCGUGGACCUGCAGGUGUUCCCAGACAACAGCUGGUUGGUGGCUCUGAGUGCCGGAAUGAUCAGCAGCGUGGUGGUGGUGAUGGCCAUGACGCCUUUUGACGUGGUCAGCACGCGGCUCUACAACCAGCCCGUCGAUCAUCGGGGCAAGGGGCAGCUCUAUAACGGAUUCACCGACUGCGUCUCGAAGACACUAAAGAAAGAAGGUUUGACGGGACUCUACAAAGGCCUUGGAGCCUCUUAUUUCCGACUCGGUCCACACACCAUUCUGUCCCUGUUCUUCUGGGACGAGCUGCGCAGGUUGAACCAGAAAUUCAGAUAACACCGGGGACGAGGACAACGGGGAAAUGGGUAACUCGUUAAGAUUAAACAAGUCCUCAUUCACUUUUUACCUCGGAAAGAAAAAAACAACAACAACAACCUAGGUACUUUAUUUCUGUUUUUCUCCAGGAAGGAGCAUUUUAAACAACACUGAAAAUAAACGUUAAACUCAACAUGUGCAGAGAAUGAAGUCGGAAGCUCAAUCUUUAAUUUGAUUAAUUCAAAGUGUGCGCAAACAUAAUCGCACAGUAAUUACUACACCAGCCAUCACCAUUUCAAAGCACUUACACUCUUUAAAUGUGCCAUUCCGAAUCAGUUAAUGAAUCUUCACUUCAAACCUCGUGAAGACAGGAUCAUAUUUUGCCCCGAGGAGGUUUGAAACCACCCAACAGCCUGAACGUUUUAACUUGAACUCGUCAGACGGGUGUAAAACGAGCCAGUCACCCAGCGGUCUCAGGUUUACGGGAUGAAAUGUAGAAACAGGAGGGUCAGAGCUGACCUCUGACUCAGAGUCAGUCAGCUCAAAAGUUUAAACCAAAAACUGAUAAAACUUUCCGUUUGAAUCAUCGUGGAGAUUUCAAAGUUAUGCUCUUAGGAUGACGUGCGCAUGAAAUAGUGAGUUUGACCGUUUUAAAUGAAGCUGGAACAGCUUGACAUGAUGUGGCAGCUCAGUAGAAGAAACAAACGCAUCUAAAAAUGCCUUUUAAACGCUUGCAUUGGGAGAAGAACAUCCAACCGAGGACGCGCUGAACAGGAAGUGAAAGUGCAGGAAAUUUUAGAAGUUCAUAAUU